AUGUCUAUGCAAAAUAGACCCUACGCCGUUACAGAUAUAAUCACAAAUCUUCAUGGUGUUAUUGGCAAAACUCUUGCUAUUAAAGUAUUGGCUGGCCUUGUGGAAGAGAACAAACUUUUGGCUAAAACAUAUGGGAAAACAAUUGUUUAUGUGGUUAAACAGGGAAAAAUCAAAAUAGCCACAAGUUCGCCGACCGAUGCCGAGCUUUUUACAAAAAUAAGUUCUUUGCAAGAUAGAGUUAAAAGUGUCAAUGAAGAGCUCAAAGAUAGUACGGAUCCAAAUUACAAGCCUCUCACAGUUGCAGAAAUCAAAAAACUAGAGGAUGAUCUUUGUAAACUUGACAAAAUAGUCAUUAGAAGGACUAAAUUGGCCCUGAUUCUUUGGAAUACAAUUAAAGAUAAUGUAUCUAAUAAUGCCGAAAUUGAGGAAUCUCUCGGUUUGGAAUGGUAA